AUGGUCAAGCAAUAUAAAGAAGUAACCCAUCUUGCUGUCCAUACAAGAUCUGGCCGGACUGACGACUCUGGCCGGAAUGACGACUCUGGCCGGACUGGUGACUCUGGCCGGACUGGUGACUCUGGCCGGAAUGACGACUCUGGCCGGAAUGACGACUCUGGCCGGACUGGAGACUCUGGCUGGACUGGUGACUCUGGCCGGACUGGUGACUCUGGCCGGACUGGAGACUCUGGCUGGACUGGUGACUCUGGCCGGACUGGAGACUCUGGCCGGACUGGAGACUCUGGCCGGACAGGGGACUCUGGCCGGACUGACGAUUCUGGCCGGACUGGAGACUCUGGCCGGACAGGGGACUCUGGCCGGACUGACGAUUCUGGCCGGACUGGUGACUCUGGCCGGACUGGUGACUCUGGCCGGACUGACGAUUCUGGCCGGACUGGUGACUCUGGCUGGACUGACGGUUCUGGCCGGACUGGAGACUCUGGCCGGACUGACGACUCUGGCCGGACUGGAGACUCUGGCCGGAAUGACGAUUCUGGCCGGACUGGAGACUCUGGCCGGACUGACGAUUCUGGCCGGACUGGUGACUCUGGCCGGACUGGUGACUCUGGCCGGACUGGUGACUCUGGCCGGAAUGACGACUCUGGCCGGAAUGACGACUCUGGCCGGACUGGAGACUCUGGCUGGACUGGUGACUCUGGCCGGACUGGUGACUCUGGCCGGACUGGAGACUCUGGCUGGACUGGUGACUCUGGCCGGACUGGAGACUCUGGCCGGACUGGAGACUCUGGCCGGACAGGGGACUCUGGCCGGACUGACGAUUCUGGCCGGACUGGUGACUCUGGCCGGACUGGUGACUCUGGCCGGACUGGUGACUCUGGCCGGACUGGAGACUCUGGCCGGACAGGGGACCCCGGCCAGGACAGGGGCCCCUCUGGACCUGUUGCCUGCGACACUAUUUUGGUCCCUGAAUAUGUUAAAUACCGCCUUUCCCGACUUCUCAUUUGGCUGGGCCCAAAUUACCUAAACAUGGAUACUUCUGACAACCGAUUCGGUCACCUGACGAAUGAACUCGCAUCACAAAGACUUCAUUUCUACCAAGGAUGCGCUAUCAUUGAGUUCCAUAAUCUGAGAUUCGAAGUAAGAACUGUUCCUGGGAGCAGAGAUGUCGACGAACGAAAUUUGCAAAGACUUCUUAGAGUCUUCGAGAUUGAAGGUUGCGGCAAUCUUGAGCCGGAGCAUAGAGUCGCCGCGCUCAUCGAUCAAGAAACAUUGUUCAGGGCUCUUUCAAAAUCUAACCUUACACGGGAGUCUCUCUUGGACCCAACGAGUCAACCGGAGCUAUCAUUGGAAAGCGAUGUUCGGCUGAUGUGUGUCUAUGGGAAACACCGUUUAAAGGCGGCCGAAUCAUUUGGAGAAACAAGAUGGCUAGUUGAUCUCUAUCUAGACAGUGGGUAG